CUUCAUUCAUCCUGAGAGCAGGGACUGUGUCAAAUACAAGGUCACACCCCUCACAGCCUGUGGCAUGGGACUCAUCAGAGAAUCACAAGCUGCACAAUUUUUCGAAGAACAGAUUUGAGUAAAACCGCUGAGGCGCCCGAGACCUCAGAACUACAUUUCCCAGAGAUCCCGGGGAUGAUUCCAAAGUGGACUCUGGGGGCAGGACUGUGUAGAAAGCCAAUAAGGGCCCUUCCACUUCAAGUGUGAGGACUGCUCUCUGCCUGGUUCCUGGUUGCUGGUCUUAACGGCGGCGCGGUGAGAUACAGUGUACUUUGAAUUUGGAAAUAAAUCUUAUAUCAGGUGGGAGGCCAGGAGACGGUAUACUACAGCCUUCCUGAAUUUCAAGUCAUAAGGAGAUCAUGGACCUUGAAGCAUAUUUUGAAAGAAUUGGGUAUACAGACUCUAGGAAGACAUUGGACUUGGAAACAUUAACUGACAUCCUUCAACACCAGAUCCGAGCCAUUCCCUUUGAGAACCUCAACAUCCAUUGUGAAGAAGAAAUGAAGUUGGACUUAAAGACCAUUUUUGAACAAAUUGUGAGGGGGAAGCGAGGUGGGUGGUGUCUCCAGGUCAAUUAUCUCCUGUACUGGGCUCUGACUACAAUGGGUUUUGAGACCACAAUGUUGGGAGGUUAUGUCUACAGCACUCCAGAUGACAGGUAUAGCAAUAACAUGAUUCACCUUCUGUUGCAAGUGACCAUAGAUGGCAGAAACUACAUAGCAGAUGCUGGCUUUGGACGCUCCUACCAGAUGUGGCAGCCUCUGGAGCUAAUUCCUGGGAAGGAUCAACCUCAGAUACCCUGCAUCUUCCGCUUGAGAGAAGAGGGAGGAAUCUGGUACCUGGACCAAAUCAGAAGAGAGCAGUGCAUUCCAAAUGAAGAAUUUCUUAAUUCUGAUCUCCUGGAAAAGAAUAAAUACCGAAAAAUCUACUCUUUUACUCUUGAGCCUCGAACAAUUGAAGAUUUUGCCUCCAUGAACACGUUCCUUCAGACAUCUCCAGCAUCUGUGUUUACAAGCAAAUCUUUUUGUUCCUUGCAGACACAAGAAGGGGUUCACUGUUUAGUGGGCCUCACCCUCACCUCUCGAAGGUUCAAUUAUAAGGACAAUAUGGAUCUGGUAGUGUUUAAGACCCUAAAAGAGGAUGAAGUAAACGAAGUGCUGAAGAAUCUGUUCAGUAUUUCCUUACAGAAAAAACUUGUGCCCAAACUUGGUGACCAAUUUUUUACUAUUUAGAGGAAGAAGUAAAAAACGGUCAUCAGUAUUACUUCAAGUUUUGAAAGUUUUUAUUUUUGAAAAUUUCAAACAUAUACAAAAGUAAAAAGAAUAUAACACUAAGCUUGUCUUGUGUAUUAAUCACCCAGCUCAUCAACUUUCAACCAAUGGCCUAUUGCAUUUCUUCUGUAUCCCCAAAUUAUUGUGAAAAAAAUUCUAGACAUUAAAUCGUCUUUUCACCUAUAAAAAUUUCAGUACAUAUAGUUAAAUGAUAAUUUUUUAAUAAAACAUAACCAUACACCUUUUCAAAAUUAAUAAUAGUAAUGGCAUUUUAUUAUUGCAGCCUGGGGUUAUCUUGGGACACAUUGUGAUUUAUGCUGGAAAAUCUUUAACAUUUUUCAAUGUUGCAUUCACAAAAAAUAUGGUAAUACAAUAUAAAAACCAAAAGAAACCCAUUGCCGUCAAGUUGAUUCCGACUCAUACUGACCC